AUGCAGGCGCUUACAAGGACAAUUGUCAUCCCGCUGUCCUUGGAUUACACAUUGGCUAUGGGAGAGUUCAGCGCUGCCAGUGGAGCGAUUCUUGGUGUUUCCUUACCUGCCCAAUAUAUCGGAUAUCGUAUUGGUGAUUGGAUGUGGACGGAUGCCACGAUUGCCCAGUCUGACUACCAUAGGAGAACCUUAGUGGUCUGUCAUUUGAUGGCGCUGCUGUCUUAUCUCGGCCUGACUCUCCUUUUACAAUCUGCAGAGCACUCCGGCCUUGCUUCGCGGCGAACAUUUUGGAUCGCUUUGUGUGUGCAGGUUGCAGGUACAAUAUUUGGCAGCGUCUCUUCCAGACUGUGGCGCUAUGUACGAAACCAGGCAUCGACUGAGGAGAAAUAUGACCCUGACACUGCACUAUGCGCGGGCUUGUUGUGUGGCCCGCUUUGCGCAGCCUGCAUGGUUCAUCAGAUCCAGAGCUUGACCCCAGUGGGCAUGAUGGCCUGCGUGUUUGCCGUGGUUCUCGCUGGACAUGCCGUGAUGACAGCAGCGACGGCUUUCACGAUUCUGCCGUUCUCUAGGCUUGAGGUUCCACCCGGCCAGGGUUCGAAGAAUGAUGGUCUGCCCCUGGGGCAGGAUCCAACAACUAAGGAAAGACUGGUAUGGAAUUUGAUCAUAUACUUCUACGAACAUAACAUCUCCGUCAUUGCAAGUGAGUGUGGUGUAGUAGUGGUUCUUGAAAUCAUUUACGGAUGGUCAGUGGCGGCAUGUGCGCUGGCCAUGUUCACACAGCAGAUGGGAAGACUGCUAACCGUCAAGCUGCUUGCCACCCUCCUUAAUGGACCGCAGUUUACUCCGUCCGAACUCCUGCUGGUGGCCGACACUAUCGUUUACAGCGUCACAAGUGCCGGAGCCUUUCCCACAAGAGAUUGGACCGAAGAGGGAAAGAUGGAUGAGUGGUUGCAGGCUGAAUGGCGCUGGCAGAAAGGACAUGCUGCCCCAGUCUGCUCCUUGCUGGUAUCGAUCCUCAUAAGGUUCCUCGUGUACAAGGGUGGACGGAACUCCUACGCAACUUUUCAACUUGUCACCACCUUCCUGGCAAUGUGCACGGUAGUUAAGGCUGUGUCUUUGAAGGAGGAUGUUGACAAUCCGGAGCUUCGCGUGCCGGAAGGCUAA